AUGCUGGGCUCAUCGACUGUCAUGUCCGUCAGCAAGCGAGAUAGUCUUCAACGCUCGUGCAUUGCAAAAUUUAAUGGCUUCGGUGCUUCCUUUGUCCGCCUCGAUAUUGACGUUGGCUCUGACUCGGACAACGCCAGCCAGCCGGGUCCCAUCCCAACCUCUCAGCCUUGCACACCACGGACAUCAGUUCCCCAUUCGACUUGCGCAGCAAAAGGUGGCGUGCCCAGCUUGGCAUGGCGCUGCGACUCUACCAUUAUUAGCAACACGGUAGCGUCGUCGGUGUACCACCACACAGCUGGGGAUGGAUUCGUUAGGCUCUGCCGCUCUGGCCAUGACCACGGACAAUGCCCGCGGUGGCUUCGGGUCGUAGCCGCUUGGGGGGACGGCCAGGCUACUGAUCAGCACCAAGCACCCAGUGUAAUGUGCGUCGUUGCGUCGGUUUUGUCCCCCUCGGUAUGCCUUCCGUACCAGAGGCGAGCGACCAAGCAGCGCUCAUUUGCGGUGCAACUCUGCCCGGGAAAACUUAACAAAGCCAAUUUCAAAUAUCCGGGCUAUCGGUCUUUUUUUGCGCGUUCUGCGUCGGCGGUGCCGCGUCUCUCGCUCCUCCGUCACAUCACGAAUCGAUAA